CACCAAGGGAAGAAAGAGCACCUAAGUCUGCUGCUGGGUUUUGGAGCAUCAGAAAUAUUUGCACUUUUUGUGAAGGAUUGCAUUUCGAGAAUCAGGAAUAGCCAAGAUUGUCUACAGGAAAAGAACUGAGAUGUUUUUGGACGUUAAGCACAUCCUCUGGUUGGUCUGUGUCUGCAGCGCUGCUGUAACCAAAGAUGACUCUGCUCGUAGGAUGAAGGUGGAGAGGAGUUCUCCGGUGCAAGGCUCGCUGGCGGAGCAGGUGGUCCUGCCCUGCCAUUUCUCCAUCAUCCCACCUCCUACCGGCAGCACCAGCACCUCCACCACUGCAGCUGCGGCCAUGGCCUCCAGCACCCACCCGGACCAUCUCCGCAUCAAGUGGACUAAACUCGUGGGCGAUGAGGAAAUCGUAGUGAUAGUGACCCAGAAUGGGUUCCUCAAGAUUGGGCCGGAGUUUAAAGGCAGGGUAUCAGUUCCCAGCCACCCCGAGGAUGAGGGCGACGCGUCUUUGUCCAUAGCGAGGCUCAGGGCCAGUGAUGCGGGUGUUUACCGCUGCGAGGUCAUGCACGGCAUUGAAGACACUCAAGAGUCCGUCUCCCUGAACGUCAAUGGUGUUGUGUUUCAUUACCGUGCCAACACCAGUCGCUACACUCUAGAUUUCCAGCACGCCAAGCAGGCCUGCACUGAUGUGGACGCGACCAUCGCCACCGCAGAGCAGCUUCAUUCAGCCUACGAGGACGGAUUCGACCAGUGCGAUGCCGGAUGGCUGGCCGACCAAACCGUCAGAUACCCCAUAACAAUGCCACGUGAAGGUUGCCAUGGCGAUAUGAUAAUGAGGCCAGGAGUCAGAUCAUACGGACUCAGAAAUUCCUCUGAAACGUAUGAUGUGUACUGCUAUGCAGGAAAACUACAGGGCGAGGUGUUUUUCGCUGAUGCUGAGAUGACUCUAGAUGAGGCCAGGGAGGAGUGCGAGAGACGGGAUGCAGUUUUAGCGUCUCCAGGUCACCUGCAUGCAGCCUGGAGGGCCGGCUUGGACCGCUGUGACUUCGGCUGGCUGUCUGACGGCAGCGCUCGCUACCCCAUCUCUGUACCCAGAAUGCAGUGCGGCAGAGGACAGCUGGGUGUGAGGACUAUGUACCGCUUCCUCAACCAGACUGGAUUUCUUUUACCGAGCGAGAAGCUGGGUGCUUUCUGUUUCAAAGGAUGGGAUCCCACAACUGUACCCACAGCUGGACCUACAACACCUCCAGUUCUCUCAGACACCCAUCAAAUCUCUUCUCUUAAAGCAAUCUCUUCCAUGCCAGCCCAUGGCACCACAGAAGAUUCACCAUCCAUGUUCUCUGCGAGCAUGGCUCCACGUGACAGAGGCUCUCCUGAAGUGCAUCCCUCUGCUAAAGCCAUUGUUGUUGUACCAACUGAAGCUAAGACAAUUUCGGAGAUGGAAACCACAACCACAUUUAAUGACUAUGGCAGCUCUUUGGACAAAGACAGCUCCUUGGUGCAAGGGGUACCCCAUGAUGGUAUGCCCCAUUAUUCAGAUUCCUUCUUAUUUUUCCAGCUACCCCGUCAGCCCGACUCAGAGAACAUGCAUCCUGGGUUGGAUACUCCGCAUAGGGAAUCCAGUGGUGUGGAAGGUAGCAGCAGGUUUGACACGGAUACUCCUGAGAGUGUGAUUCCUGCUUCACCUGUGUUUGUUAUAGACUUGCAAGGAGAUCCAGACAAGCCACAAAUUGUGUACAAAGAUAAUAAAACCAGAGCAAACAUGACUGAAGAAAGUCUGGACUUGUCCACUUUGAAAAGCUCACGUUUAAGGGAAGAGAACUUGCAAGGCCAGCAGAAUGAAACCACAAAGGACGUCAACUUUCCAAUGGGCAUCAAUUUGUUCAUAUACAACAUUACGCAGAGAAAUCAAUCAGGUGAUGCUGUUGAUACUGUGGGAGUUGAUGCUAUUCUGAAAUUCCUUGGAGUACCAGGGCUCUCUAGUCCACUUCUAACAUCUGUUGAAAGUGAGCCACCUUUGGGCAGUGGAGACAUUACAGGUGAAACAUAUCCAUCAGCUUCUGUUACCAUCACCCCAAAAGUGAGUUUCAUUAACGGAAAGCACGAGCUGACUCUGAAACCGGACACUGACCAAACUCAGGAGGCUAGAGGAGACCAGUUUGACACUGCUAUCCCACCAACAGAAGAAACCAUCCCUGAUGAUAUGAUAGAAAUACUUACAGAGGAGGCUGAAGGCACCACAUCUUCCCCUGAGACAGAUGAAUCUGACUCACCGACCAGAAGCCCAAUUGAGCCCCAUUUCACAACAAAGAGCCUGGAAAGUAUAACCCCGACAGAGUUGCCCACAUUUGCAACCAAAUCCUCAAGCCAGGAGAUGACCCCACAAGCCAUAUCAUUUAGCAUGCACGAAGAAGGUUCAGGGAUGCACACAACAGAUGAUGAAGAGGAAUUGACCCCCUUGGAAGGUUCUGCGGAUGACACACUUCCAACAACUAAUGACCUAUAUGUGGUGGCUACCGACGAGACUGAAAUAGCUGAAACAGAGAAGACUACACUGGCAUUUGGGGUGGACUGCAGUACCAAAGGACCAAUUGUUACAACUCCAGAAUCCAGCACUGUCGAAAUGAAGAGAACCGAGAACAGAGAAACGAAACCAGAAACAGAAGAUUUUGAGGGCUCAACCUCCACUGAAGACGAGGGCUCGGGGCAAGAUAUAUAUGCAACAGAAGAAUCAAAACAACCAACUUUAUCUCCAUCUUUCACUGUUUCAUCUCACAGCUUUACAAGUUCCUUAACAACUACUCAUCCCAAAGAGCCUAGGCAACCUGUUCAUUUGGCUUUGCCCAGUACAGAUCCUACGAUUCAGGUGGUUUCAACUUUUCAAACAGAGGCAAUCCCAGAAGAAAGCACUCCUUACAUUACACACUCUGAGAAAGACCAAAACAGAAGUACAGCUAAGAGUCCUUUAUUGGUGCCCGAGAUUGAAAAAGAUGUAAGUGCAAUCUUCACCAUCUCUGAGGACAUCGGCUCUGGUGAUCAGCCAACUGAAGCAUUCUCUAAACAACCUUUCACUGCAACUACUGUUCCAUCCCUUCUCAUUAAACAAACUGAAGAAAUGAGUGUUGAUGCACAUGAUGAAACAACUAAAGUAUUUGAAGGUUCUGCAGAAGACACAACACCACUGAUUUUCACUAGUGUCCAAACUCAAACAAAAUUCACAACCCAAAGUUCAGAGACCACCAUUCUGCCCACUGAUAGUCUUAGAGCAGUAAUGUCUUCCUCCCAAGAAACUGUUCUAAUCCAAAAAUCACCAUCAGAAGAGACAACCACCUCAGUGCAGUCAUCAGAGACUUCAGGCUCCCAAGAAACUGUUCUAAUCCAAAAAUCACCAUCAGAAGAGACAACCACCUCAGUGCAGUCAUCAGAGGCUUCAGGCUCCCAAGAAACCGUCCUAAUCCAAAAAUCACCAUCAGAAGAGACAACCACAUCAAUGCAGUCAUCAGAGACUUCAGGCUCCCAAGAAACCGUUCUAAUCCAAAAAUCACCAUCAGACGAGACAACCACCUCAGUGCAGUCAUCAGAGACUUCGGGCUCCCAAGAAACCUUUCUAAUCCAAAAAUCACCAUCAGAAGAGACAACCACCUCAGUGCAGUCAUCAGAGGCUUCAGGCUCCCAAGAAACUGCUCUAAUCCAAAAAUCACCAUCAGAAGAGACAACCACUUCAGUGCAGUCAUCAGAGACUUCAGGCUUCCAAGAAACUGCUCUAAUCCAAAAAUCACCAUCAGAAGAGACAACCACUUCAGUGCAGUCAUCAGAGACUUCAGGCUUCCAAGAAACUGCUCUAAUCCAAAAAUCACCAUCAGAAGAGACAACCACUUCAGUGCAGUCAUCAGAGACUUCAGAGGAGACAACGCAAGAAAUAUCACUUUCUACAUUUGGAUUCCCAACUGAGAAGCCUCUCACCUCAUUUACCCAAGUUUCCAGUUAUCCCACCACCAGUGUUGUUACCAACUUAAAUGUGAAAGAGUCAGUUCAGGUCUUGGAUAGGGGAACUACUUCUGCUACAGAAGACGUUUUCACCACCCCCAAAGCCACAAGUACUGUGAUAUUUGAAGAGAAUGUUGUAGAUUUUGAAGAUGUGGCGGGUCCCUCAAUUGUUCAAAGACAACCAUCAUCCAGAGAAGAGUUCACCACAAGAAAACCAGAAGUCUGGACAGAUUCCAGCUACACUGUUGAGAGCCAUAUGGAGGUUUUGCAAGGUCUCACACUUUGCUCUGUCAGUGUGUGUGAAAAUGGCGGAACUUGCUAUUCUAAUGGAAAAGGAAACAUAUGUGUCUGCAUGCCUGGAUUCAGUGGGGAACAUUGUGAAAAUGAAAUUGACGAAUGCCAGUCAAACCCUUGUCGCAAUGGUGGUACAUGCAUUGACGGGUUAAAUGCUUUCAGUUGUGUCUGUCUGCCCAGCUAUUCAGGAGCCCUCUGUGAGCAAGAUACGGAGGUUUGUGACUUUGGCUGGCACAAGUUUCAGAGUCACUGCUAUAAGUACUUCACACACCGGCGGACAUGGGAAGCAGCGGAAAGAGAGUGUCGUCUGCAGGGCGGUCACCUCACCAGCGUCCUGUCCCAUGAAGAGCAGCUCUUUGUUAAUCUGUUGUACAGAUGACGUAUAUUUGUAGGCCAACCCGGAAGUUCGCAUCACCUUGGUUCCCUCGACAAAAACCCAAGAUU